AUGCAGAGUUUUGAAACUGACUGGAAACUCGGGAUUCUCAAUUCGGCGUUACUGGGAGCGAUUUCCUUGAUCCUCCUCGUUGGCCCAAUCCUCCUCCCCAACGAUCAUCUGCCCGUCCAACGGGGUUUCUCCUGUAAUGAUGAGUCGAUUCACUAUCCCUAUCUGCCCAAUACGGUUUCUGUGCCCGUUUGCGGGAUUGUCGCUCUGUCGAUCACCUUUUUGAUGGUGCUUCUCGGCGAGGCGGUCGUUUUCGCGAGAAAAGAUCGAAAUGAAAGAACCCAGCGCUAUUUCCUGAUCUCCUUAGCGGUGCAUAAUGGUUACUGGCUUCUCGGAUUGCAGAUAACGGUGAUUUUGACGCAAAUCGCGAAGUAUUCAGUGGGCAGGUUGAGGCCACAUUUCUUGGCUGUUUGCCAGAUACCCAACUACAAUGAUCUUUGCCGUGAUCCGAUGAGAUUCGUCCUCCCCACCGAGUACCAAUGUACCGGUGCGCCGGAUCAAGUCCGAGAAGCGCGGAUCUCUUUCUUUUCCGGCCACUCGGUCACCAUCACGUAUUGUUGCUUCUAUGCGGUGCUCUACCUCCAAGCCCGUAUCGGCUCCAGGGGUUCCAUGUGGCGAGGCGGUUUGUGCGUUCUCCAAUCGUUUCUCCUCGCCACUGCUCUAUUCAUUUGCGCAAGUCGAAUCACUGACUAUUGGCAUCAUCCGACCGAUGUGCUCACCGGCGCCGCUUUUGGAGUGAUGUCGGCGAGUUGGACGGCAAUUGUGUGGGCGGGUCUCUUCACGCGAAAUAAGGCCCAGUAUGUGAUCGAAUUCAAAACAGAGAAGAACAUCGUU